GACACAGUGAGUCAAUAGAGCUGAGCAGCAGUUCAACUCUUGAGUUUGCAGCGGUGUGUGUUUGUGCAACAAUGAACUUCACAUGGACUUUAUUUGUUCUCUCAUGCUUCCUCUCGUACACAUAUUCUCACUUGACCAACACUGAGGUCCAACGAGGAGCAGAAGCUUCUCUCUGUUGCUCCGUUCCUCCUUUACGUUUUCCUGUUCACAUAUCGUGGUUCCACAUGAACGACGACACAACUCAGAUCUGCUCAAUGUUGGAUUCAGAAAGUAAAGUUACAUUCUACAGCGGUGCGCACAAAGAGAAAUACACAAUGACAUUAAAUAAUUCAAUCACAUGUCUCACAAUCAAGAAAGUGGAUUAUUCUGACUCUGGAUUGUACUUCUGUGGUGAAAAAAUGACCAAUAAAUCAGUCAUCUUUACGGCAGCGUUUUUGAAAAUUCAAGAACACAGCCUCAACAUGUUUCUUCCAAUCACGUCUGGUGUAUUUGCUUUUCUCGUCUUGCUUGUUUGUGGCCUUAUUCUUAAAAUCCAUCAACUAUCAAAAGAGCACAUUCCCAAAGACAGAUCAGAAGAUAAUAAGAAUUUGGACUCCACUGAACUGACGUAUGCCAAAAUCAAUUUCCAAAAAAAGAGGACUUUAGACCAAGAGCUACAAACUAAUGUGUUGUACGAAGCCACGAGAUAAACUCACCAUGAA